UGAUAUCAGAACUGAGAAGCUCCAAAAUGUCGGCGGGAUCGGCUGUGGCUAUGAUCGGGGCCAACCUGCGGUUUGGCUCAGCGGGCGCAACAAACUCUUCCGUCGUGAACAAUACAAGGCUGUGUCCACCAGGGGGUGCUGCAAGCGCUGCCGCUUUGUUGGCGCUAUCUGGGCUUGGUAUAUCUGCGAACAUCGCGCUUAUGGCGGUCAUACUUAGCAAGAAACAGUUGAGAAGGUGGUCGCAUGGUCUACUAUUCCACCAGGCGGUUGUGGACUGUGCGCGAGCAGCAAUAUUACUUCCUCUUGGCAUCGCUGUAUUCCGAUGUCAGCCUGUGUACAAGUGUUCACUAGUGGAAACUGCGUUCCUAUUACUUGUAACAGUAUCCACUGUAAACAUGCUGACAACGGUACUAAACGAUAGCCCUAUAUUCCCAGAAAAUGAGGAGGAACAAGCUGAUUUAUCGGCUCCUUUACUAAUGGAUAGUCCCCAGUGCGUCCUUUUCGGCACAUUUAUGAUAUGGUUCGCGUCAAUUACGAUAAAUCUCGGACCCACUUUCUUAUCGGGAGCAUUGGCGGCAAGCGCCGGUUCGUACAGCUCUUAUGGCCCAUCACCGUCCUGCCCUUUAGUGCGAGGACCUUUUAGACAUUACGUUCUUAAUGCGCUAUGGAUAGGUGUUAACGCUGUCUGCGUUGGAUUAACACUAUUCCAUUUACGGAAACUCCAUCGGGAUCUCACUAAGGCUAACGUAGAGGCUGUACGAGUUGCUGGUCUAGUGACCACGCUAGUCAGCAUGGCAGGUGACAACAGGCGCAUGGACUCGCUGCCCAACAGCGUUGGACCGAGGACGGUAGAUGGAACUCUAGCAGAUGGUCAAUGUCGUCCGAUGCGUAGUGCCAACCUUCCUCUCGGAGGCGGUCGCAGACUGAGAGGUUAUCUAGCUAGAGUGGAACGCGAGGGAGUCCGUCGAGUUCGCAUGUUCCUGGUUAUCACCGCAGCAUACGUUUUGUUCUGGGGGCCACUUUUCAUCAUAACGUUACUGCAUCACCCAGCACUGACUUCACAUGUCGCAUAUGAAUUGUACUUUCAAAUCACGCUGCACAUAUCGUAUGUACAUGCAGCCGUAAACCCGUUGCUGUUCCUUGCACUGCAUCGCGCGUUACGUCGUGCUGCCCUUCAACUUUGCUGCGGUUGCUGCGUACACUGGAGUCAGUUUGUGCUGGCUCUUACAGCGGCUGCUCAGUCACCUCUCGCGCCGUCAUCGUUUUCGCCGGCCGCGGCUUCCCCGGAGCCGCCACCCGCGCCUCCCCCGCCUAUGGCACCCCCUGCGCCCCCGCCGCACCCCGGCCCGCCCGCGCCACACACGAUGAUGAGUUGGGAGGUUGAGGAGUGUGAUGCAGAGAGUAUGUCGAGUGCGCGUGUGCAGGGAGACGAGGAUAUGAUGGAGUCGUGGAGCGGCAGCGUGCGACGGCCGCGUUCGCCGAGCCCGCUCCUGCCCGCCAUCUGA